GGUACAACACUGAGAAUAACAAAUGGCGGCUGUACGUUGUGUCAUUGUACGUGGGUUUUCUUAAGGUAAAUGUAUAUGCUGAAAUUUAAAAUUACCACACCGCUUGUUUUGUCAACACUUCCUCCAUGUGAGGCACGAGACCCGCGUCUCUCAGCUGGAUUGGUCAGUCCUACAGACCGCUACACACACACACACACACACAUACAUACUCACAGCUAGCUUUAGCUCCAGCCGCCGUUCCGCAGACUGCUGCUCACAACCGCUGCUACAAAAAGGAGAAGGAACCUCAUAAUAACUGGAAAUUGUUGGCCGAAGUAACGCGUUGAGGACCCAUUCUCACCGUGGUUCUCAUCUGAUGGAGCACUGGUUAUCAGUCUUCUCAAAACGCCACAAUGUAUCCUUGUCACAUAACCCCCUGGCCCUCUGCUGAGCCACCGGCAUCUUGUGGCAGCCGCGCACCCCCCGUGCUCCCCUCACAACCUUUACCUGACCUGCUGUGCAGCUGUCCUGCUCCGCCUUUGACCGCCCACUCCCAGACGCCCUCGCCGGACGCCAUGGAGUCCCUCAUUGUGGUCACAGAGUACGAGCCCAGCAGACCCGAGGGUGAGACUGGGGAGGAGGAGGUAGAAGAAAUGGACAGUUCUGAGACGCCAGAGCCAGCAUCCUCUGUGGCAGCGUCCUUCUCAACCCCGUCCUGCGACCUGCUGUCCCACACAGUUCGCCGGUCAGAGGCUCUGCUCCCCGAAAGCCAAGAGCAAAGAGGAAGAUUGAACCUGUCAGACAGGAAAUUGUCUCUGCAGGAACGCUCGCAAAGUGCAACAUCCCCCUGCAGCUCUCCUGGACUCAACGGGCGCCAUAUUUACCCAUCAUUACCGUACUCACCCAUCACAUCACCGCACUCCUCUCCCCGCCUGCCCCGGCGGCCCACUGUGGAGUCCCACAGUGUUUCUAUCACAGACCUCCAGGACUGUGUUCAACUCAACCAAUAUAAGCUGAAAGAUGAGAUUGGAAAGGGCUCCUACGGUGUUGUCAAGCUGGCGUACAAUGAGGACGACAACACAUAUUAUGCGAUGAAGGUGCUGUCCAAGAAGAGGCUGAUGAGGCAGGCAGGUUUCCCACGGAGACCUCCCCCUCGUGGAGCCAAAGCAGCCCCCGAGGGUCCAGCUCAACCCAAAGGACCGCUGGAGCGGGUCUACCAAGAGAUUGCCAUCCUGAAAAAGCUGGACCAUUCCAAUGUAGUAAAACUAGUGGAGGUUUUGGACGACCCCAGUGAGGACCAUCUGUACAUGGUGUUUGAGCUGGUGAAGAAAGGGGCUGUGAUGGAGGUGCCAACAGAUAAACCUUUCAGUGAGGACCAGGCGCGCUUUUACUUCCAGGAUCUGCUCAGGGGAAUUGAGUACUUGCAUUACCAGAGGAUUAUCCACAGAGACAUCAAGCCCUCUAACCUGUUGGUGGGUGAAGACGGACACAUCAAGAUAGCAGACUUUGGUGUCAGUAACCAGUUUGAAGGAGCUGAUGCUCUCCUGACAAGCACGGUGGGAACACCUGCGUUCCUUGCACCUGAGACACUCUCCGAAACCAGGAAGAACUUCUCCGGAAAGGCUUUGGAUGUGUGGGCCAUGGGAGUGACACUUUAUUGCUUUGCUUUUGGAGUGUGUCCAUUUAUGGAUGAGCGCAUCCUCAGUCUUCAUCAGAAGAUCAAGACACAACCCGUGGUGUUACCCGAACGCACUGACAUAUCAGAUGACCUCAAAGAUUUGCUGAUGAAAAUGUUGGACAAGAACCCAGAGAGCAGGAUAUCAGUCGCACAGAUCAAGGUGCACCCGUGGGUGACGAGGCACGGCGCGGAGCCCCUCCCACCGGAGGACGACAACUGUUGCAUGCUCAUCGAGGUGACCGAGGAGGAGGUGGAGAAUUCUGUUAAACACAUCCCCAGUCUGGCUACAGUGAUCCUGGUGAGGACCAUGCUGAGGAAGCGUUCCUUCGGGAACCCCUUUGACUGGGGCCGCAAAGAGGACCGUGGCAAUUCGUGCGCUUCAGGGCAAACACUCAUCAAAGGCAGAGCAGGCAAUGUGCGAUACUGCUACAUACAUUGUAACCAAAGAAGGAAACAGGAGAGCGGCGACGGCAUGAGGAGCAUGGACCUGCCAUAUGUUGGAGAGGACGAGGCUCUCUCCUGAUGCACGGCGGCGUAUAACGCACACGACACGACAUCCCUUUACACCCUGGCAGCGCACACCUACGUACAUUCUCACUGGAGGUGGAUUGGACACAGAAAAGGGAGUUAGGAUGUAAGGCACUUUGAAAACCACUUCUAAGCUUCUUUUUUUUUCUCCACUCUCUCCUCUUAUGUAAGGCUUAGUGUGUGGGAUUUGGGACAUGUGACAAUUACAUGUGAAACUUCCAAGAGAGGAACCCCACACGAACCUUGACCCUUGAGCUUGAGCUCUCACCACCUGAACCAGUCUCCUCUAACGUUAUGCAUGCGUGUAUAGUUUUAGCAUGCGUCGUCUCAGGCUUCAAAUGUACAGCGUGUGCGUUUUAUUGUAGUUCUUAGCCACUUGUGUUGUUCCUUGUCCUCACGUGAGGACAUUUCAGGUACGUGCGGCACAUGUUGUGAACAGGAGGGACGGGUCGUCUCCGCCGUCGCCUCGACGACGUUUGUGUUUAGCCGAGCAGGUCAAAGACCAUGAUUGUCUGGGUCACUCUGCCUCGUGGCGGCAGUGCCCGGGUUUAUAAUCUCGGAGUGAAUCACUUGGUUUUCCAAAAAAAGGGCAGUGGUAAAAUGUUUACGUCAUUGAAUGCAUGUGUUUACUUUCCCAAUGCAAAUCUGUAUAAGCUAUUUAAGGACACCCACAUACACAUGCACGCAUAUUUGUUUGAUGCAAUUUUGUUUUUACAAUCUUACCACUGUUUUUUAAUAGUGAGUUUAAAAAUGAGUAGAAAGCUUUACAGACAGUUGAUAUAGUGGUUUGUGAAUAAUUCAAUGAAUGAUUACUGCAUAUACAACAUAGCAUAGGUUUAAAAGAAAAUAGGAUUUCUUGCUUCUGGUCAAACUUUAUUAAGUGAGCAACCGUAUGGUUUCAUAUGGUCGGUAUUUGCUUCUUUUUUUUUAGUUCAUAAAGCUGCAACACAUAGAGAAAUGAAGAUAGUGUUAUAUAACAUUCAUAAGAGAAAAAGGGGUUGGUGCAAAGUUACUAUGUAGGUAAACAUUGUUAUUUUAUUAAAGUUGAAAUAGUAAAAUGUUAGUCUCAGAUUUGUAACUGUAUCUUUUUCAUUUCCUCGAAGGACGCUAGUGAACAUGACGGAUUUCAAACCUCAAGUUAGAUAUGUGAAUGUUCUCACUUGUUUGUUUUAUAUAUCGUGAUAACAAUUAUAGAUGUUAUAUAAAUGCACAUUUUCAGGACACCAAAAACAAAACAAAAAACUACUUAAACUAUGUAUAAUGUUGUAAAAUAUAGUUAAACAAACCUUUAAACUAUUUGUUCUUACCGAACUGUUUCGAGACGGAAGCAUAGUGCAGCUGCAGACCUUUUGUACAAAUCUAUGCACAUCUGUAAGAGAUGUUUUAAAAAAAAAAAAAAAAAACUGUUGUCAUCUUUGACUGGAGGACUUGGCCAAGCUGCAAAUGUUUCUUAACAAUUCUGAAAUACUUUUUAAACAUGUUUAAGUCUAGAUGAUAUUCCUCAAGUUUACCCUCCCCUCCCAUCAGUGUAAGUAAAUUCUUGACAUGUAUCCACAAUAUUCACACAGUAUAGUAUGUGACAUUCAAUGCUUCCACACAAUAAUAGCUUCAGUUGUUUUUUUUACCUUACUUCUUGCAUUUGUCUGUUUUAUCACCAGUACUAUGCAUUAUGAUGUGUGUUUUUUUUCAGAUUGUCACAUUCUUUUUUACAUCUGUUUACCCGAUGUUACGUGAAUCGCUUCAAACUGAGACAAACGAUCUGAUUUCACGAGUAAAACUGCCGACUGAACUGAACUUUUGGAGAUCUCACUCCCAGCGUAAUUGAUAAACGAGCCUCCUAUUUAGGCAGAAAAUGAAUUGCAUAGCCUCCAUUUUACUUCACACUGUGACAUGUCACCUCUUUUAAAGGUACAGUGUGUCAAAUUUCACCCGUCCCCUUCCCUGCCAAGUGUGUUGGACAAGACUGUCCUCCAACGAAAAGUGACUAUGGGUCGUAUGCAGGAACGUCGUAUGCAGAAAAUGUCUUGUGUGUAAGUGUCCAGAAUACCUUUCUAUAUCUGGCAGUUGUUUACAAUUGACUGCACGUUAAAAUGGUGUAUUAACAAUGUAAAAUGAAGAAAAACUCUGUAGUUGUAUAUGAACACCAGAUUUUGUAUCUUAAAUUUGAAAUUUGAACAGUAUAAAACAUAUUUAAAUAACAUUAGUUUCAGUUUUUAUCUUAAUGUCCAGAAACAGGCCUGUUUUUCCCAACUCUCUCUGGUGACAAAGAUGCUGGUUAAAAUUACCGUAAUAACCACACGUUGACUUUGACGUGCAACUUCUCGGCUUUUCAGAAACCGUUGGCGUUUUACUCGACAGCACAAACUGUCGCGCUUGUGCAAACGUGCCACUCGGUAUUAAAGGGUUAAAAUAGACGCCCCUAGUGGUAGGAUAAAUAACAGCAAUCUGGUGACUUGUGUGUGUGUGUGUGUGUGUGUCAUCAUCAAGUAGCUUCAUUGUGGUUUCCACUGGCAGUUUCCUUAGUAUUUUAAAGUGUUGUGCUCUGGUGUGGUUGACCCCCCUUUUUUGUCAUUGUCUGUAACGCACUGCGUAGCCCUAAUCUCAUUAACACUUGUGCCUAAUUAAGUUUAGAAAUACCCACAUGCUAAAAAUGUACCUAUGUGUCAUUCAGGUGUUGACCAAAUCGACCCAUGGUUACGUUUCAGCUGGAGGACUUGUUGUGAAGAACCUAUGUAGCCUUUACUUUGCAUAAAUCUUUAGUUUGUCUUUUGUGGGCGACUGUAAAAACAUGGUAGUCCAAAAUGGCGCUGACCUACUGUAGCUCCUGAUAUAGAUGUUAAUGAAAAGCGGUUAUAAGUGAUUCACAGUGGAGUCAUUUUAGCUUCAACGUCUACCAAAUGAAAACAUGUUGACACAUUGGACCUUUAAACCAUAAUUACAUUAAAAAAAUACAUAAACAAAACUGGAAUUUCCUGUAGGUUAUUGUAAGUUUUUACCGUGUGGAAAAUAAAGCAGGUACUUGAAGGACCGUUUGACAAUGGAAAACUGUACAGUAAAUAUUUUAUAGAUACAAUAUUUAAGCUUGUUUGUUUGUUUAUUUGUUUCAACCCAGUCUUUGCCCAUUCUCAUCAGAACGUCCGGGCUACAGUCAGUGGUUCACUUUUGCUGUUCACCUGUUUUUGAAUUCUAUAGUGUAAUUUAUUCAAUUCAAGAGUUUUGGGGGCUCUUUUACUCUCAAUGCAUGCCAACAUACUCACACAUACCACUGUAUUGUUAUAGCAUGAAAGGCCCUCGGCAACAGAAUCAGGCCUUUGAUAAAUAAACUAUUCUAUAUCCACUGUAUCUUGUUCAUCAUUUGAAUAAAAAAUAUAUUAAUGCCUUUGGAA